AUGCCUGCUCAGACCAUGCCCGAUCAGACCAUGCCCGAUGAGAACAUGCCCGAUGAGAAAAUGCCCCAUGAGACCGUGCCCCAUGAGACCACGACCGAUGAGACAAUCCCCGAUAAGACAAUGCCUGAUGAGGCCAUGCCUGAGUCAAGUUCGUCAAGAUUGAAGCGUCCGCGGUUGACCGAAGUUGGCGAGGAAGACACAACCGAUGACCGUCCACAUAGCCGCAACCGCGUAUAUGAAAGGGUCUCCCAUGUCGCUAAAUUGCUCCAAGAUUGGGGCUGGAGCUUCCCUCAGCUCGUCCAACGCUGGAUCAAGCACAACAAUGGCGGCAGAGGAAAGCGACGUGCAAGAAAAAGAGUGGAUAUCCUACGAAUGUUCUUUACGGACGACAAGGAAAACACGAUCGAAGAUAUGAGAGAUGAUCCUAUCACGAUCGAUGUUAUGGACGUUGCGACAACAUAUUUAGUCGAGGGAAUACGCGCAGAAUUUGAUGAGCUACGGCGGCGACCCACAUUCGGCCAGUGGAAUCCGAGCGAUGAUUUUAAAGACAUAGACAUGUCACAGAUGGAAAAGGAGCUCUCUAAGCAUGCGCCACUAUUCACAAACCUGAUGACCGAACUAGCAGCCAAUACGCACGGUAGAGGCUACCAACGCAAGGAAGAGGAGGGCUAUCUGGUGAUGCUGGCAUCGAUCCUGCUGCUGAAAUCGCGCAGGAGCACCGCAACCCGCUUUCCACGUAUGCUGGGACUAUAUCUCCAAGACGGAGGCGUUACGUCACGUACCUUAAGUAUGCUUGGCAGUUUGGGAAUCACAGAGCACUAUCGGACGGUGCAUAAAGCGCGGAAACGUCAGCCAUUGAACAGUUCUGGCGAAGAUAACAUGUAA